AUGGAUCCGAUGCUCGCCUUCGAUGCGGUCCUCUUCCCCGCGGACGACCGACCGCCUCAUCUCGUCGCCCUAAUGACGAGCCCACUUUCAAUGCCGAUCUCCAACCCCCCUGAACCAUUCCGCUGUGGGCGUGUGCCACACCCGGAGAUGUACAUGGACUACAUCGCGGAAGGGCUCGGGCCCCGCUCAUGGCGAUUCAAGGUCGUAGAGCAGUUAGAAGGGAUGAACAAAAAGUUCCCAUCUCCUUACAUCGUGUUCUAUCCUACCGUCUCCCGCGACGGCAUGCCCUUCCCGGCCAACAAAUGCGCCCGGGAGGUUCAGGGACGAUGCUUCAACGAGGCAAAUGCAUGGCGCGGCAAUAUCAUCCUAGCCAAAUACCGCGACCUUGAUUACUCCGCCAUGAUGGAUGCAUCCAUGGCAGACUUCCCGAUUCUAAAGAACUGGCUUUCUACUAACAUAGGCCCAUGA